AUGGAUAGUGAGGAGAGCUUGUUAGUUCUAGUCUAUUGCUCUGAUACUUUGUCAGAUCUAAAGAGGAACAUAUUGCAGAAGGCAGGGUUGUAUGUGGUCGAGCUGAUGAAGAAGGUGUUCUACAAGAUUCUGAUGGCAGCUGUGUCAAGUGAUGUACAGUAUGAAACAUUUGUGAUAGGGUCGGAUGAAGACAUGAAGAUCUUGUUUCAUUGUCGGCGGAGUUUUUCGGAGUUCUGGGGCUUCUGCGCUAAAUACUCAGUCGACGACGGUGGGGGUGCUUCUACUUCAAUGCCUGUCGUUGCAUCAGGUUGUCUCUUAGCGGCACUUUCACUUGUUCUAGCAUCGGCAGCUAGGUCACCUGGUUUGAUUACUGGUUUUGUUAGUGGUGGUCAUCCGGAUCACGUUGAAGACGCGAUGCGGGAAGAUGAUUCGGACGACGAGCUCGAUCACAUAUCGGGGGAUAGUGAGAAGGAGACGCCAGUGGCCCCACCAGCAGCUCAAGGGCCAUCUAGUUCUGGGUCCUACCAACAACUGCCGCAUUUCUUAACGCUGAACUUCGAAGCAACUAAGGAGAAAGCUAUGAUGAGUGUUAAGGAUUAUAGAAUUCGUCGUGGAGUUCAGUAUCGAGUUAUGGAAUCAGAUCAUCUGAAGUAUGUUGGGAGAUGCAAGGAGUUUGGAAACGGCUGCACGUGGAAGAUUCGCGUGGCACUUCGGCAGUGUAAGGGUAACUGGGAGGUUAGAAGGGCCGAUGCAGUGGUUAUGAUAAAGGUGUUGCAAGAAGCUACUGAGUCAUCCUACGGUAACCUUUCGAGGUGCUUCAUAGUUACUUUGUUUGACAAACAUCAGUCUGAGUAUACCGUGGCUGAGACGACUCCUACGAGUUAA